AUGGAUAUAGAAAAAGAAACAUAUAUUUCAAAGACUACAGUAUUAACACCUCACAAAAUAUCUUUAUUAACAUUGGUAUACGCGUAUACGGAUAUUGAAGGUGAAAGGGAUAUGAUGGAAUCUUUAUUAUAUUUCUUGAUUGAAAAGAUAUCGAAUGAACAUCGAUUUCCCGAACCUACACUUCCAGAAUUAUGUGAUGAAAUUUUUCAAAAAACAAAAGCAGCUUUAUUAAUGCACGUUUUACUUGAUAGUGGGAAAUAUAGUUUAUUAGGAAUAUUCGUUCGACGAUGUCAGAUCGAAGGCGAAAAACUUGAAUUUGAUGAAAUCUGUCGAUUGUAUAAUGCCAUGGUAAAAUAUAAAGCCCCGACUCCCGAAUUAUAUGAAAAAAUCAAAGAAUUGGAAGAUCUCGAUUUGGAACUUGAUUAUGAAUCGGGAGUUCUUUCACAAAUUGCUCAACAUUAUCAUAUGCAUAAUCAAGGUGAAUAUGAAGGAGCAUUAACCAAUUUCUAUAAAUAUUCUAAUUUUUGUCCUAAUGAUGCCGAGAAUCGUAGGAGUUGGUAUCAAUAUGUUUUAUUAAAUUUAGUAGUUUUACAUUCUAAAUUUGGUCAUAAGGAGCAAGCUCUCUUGGUUAUUCGUGAAGCGAUAGAGAUGGCACGUGAAAACAAUGAUCAAGAUUGUUUACGUUUUGCAUUAAGUUGGUUGUAUAGAUUAAAAUCAAGUGAUCACACAUUAGUAGAUGUCACAGAUCAACAAAUGCUUGAAUCACUUAUAAUUAAAGCCAAACAAUCAAAUUAUACUUCUUUACAAUCUUUAGCAUCACCCACAAAAGUUUUUGAUUCAUUAUUUAAAAGUUCGGUCUUAAAUCUUAAUUGUCCUUUUAAAACUAUGAGAUAUCAAGGACAACUACUUUAUGCAAACGUAUGGCAAAUUUAUGGUAGUUCAGCAUUGUCAGCAUUAUAUUCAUAUGAAGUAUUAUCAAAUCCCGAACCCAGUCUUGAAGAUCUUGUCAUCGCUUAUUCAUUUGAUUUGUUGGCUGAAUCCAAAUCCAAAUUUAUUGGAAUUCGUAGAGCAGCUUUACAAUGGAUUGUAUGUUUAGAAAGAAUCUUGGAUGAAUUUGCAAAUGUUGAAGCCUUAGAGACUCAACUUCGUGGUAGUUGUCAAGAUGAUGAAUUCAUGCGUGCUGAUUUUGAUUAUAAUCGAGCUCUAUAUUUAGCAAAGAUUGGUCGUCCGGAAGAAGCUACAGACGUUCUUCAGGGAUUAAUAAAUAAAAGUUCAAGAUUGGGUUCUCGAAAUCAAAUGCUUGAAGCAGAAAAUCCCACAACGGCACUUCCUUACGUUUUAAGCUCACUUUGUAUAAGUGAACGAUUUCAUUAUCAAAGUAGUUAUCUCAUGGCCAUCAUAAGAUUAUCUCAGAUAUUAAUUCAUUUUGAUUUGAUUGAUAGAGCCAAAGCUAUGAUUGAAAAUAUUAUGCCUAUGGUUCUUACAGAACAUUCAUUAUAUAUGCAAUCAAUAUCACAUUUAAUUUAUGCUCAAUGUCUGAUUGCACAUCGGAAGCAAUCAAUAAAAUGGGAAGAAGUUUUAGAAUCACUUAAUAAUGCUCAAUGGGGGUUUUCACAUUUAGAAUCACUCUCUCAAUUACUUGACGUAAUUCAAUUAAAGUCAUACGUUUAUAAUGUAACGGGAGACUUUGUUAAACCAACCUUACUGGGAUAUUCCUUAUUACGCUAG